CUUUUCCACCUGCGCACGGGGCACAUCGCCCUCAACAAGUUCCUACCACGAAUUGACCCAGCGGUAUCUCCGCUCUGCCCCGCAUGCCGCUCCGCUCCGGAAUCCGUACACCAUUUCCUCGCAGCGUGUAACGCUUACCGCCCCCAGCGCGAACGCCUGCAAAUGGCGUUGAGAACCACUAGAGCCGUCGACGUCAACGCGCUCCUGCGCGGCCAGAAGCACGUCCGUCCCCUUCUUCAGUACGUCCACGAGACGGGCCGCUUCGCCUCCUCUCUGGGCAACUUA